AUGGUGCGCAAAGUCAUCUUAACAUCUGGAUUGAUCCUCAUAGGAGGAGAAAGCAGGGCUUAUGUUGGCCUGGCAUGUGUGAUUUCGGGACUGUAUGGUAUUUUAUUUGCCUAUGUAAGCCCAGUUGAAGACCCAUUUGAAAAUAAAAUGAUGAUUAUAACCCUUGCAGUUACGUUCGUAAACCUAGGCAUCGGCGCCGUCAGUAAGAUCCCCAAGGAGAAUGUUCCAGCUUCAAUUGAUCCAUAUGUUGACACUGUUAUGUUCAAUUUGUUAGUGGUUGGAGCCAAUACGCUGGUGAUUGGUUUACUAGUCGGUAAGUUAACGCACUUACAAAGCUAACCUAUUCUACAAGUCCCAUAAGGUUAGGAAGUUCACUUAUCAAUAAAAAAGUUUAGACGAAACUUUCAACUCAUUCUACCGAUCGCAGUUUUAUCUCCAAAAGCGUACAUAGAAGAACUGAUCCAGUACCAGCACUUGGCAUACCUUGGAAAAUGCCGUGCAUUGCAAUAUGUCGCCAAAUUUCCUGAUGAAAAAUAAUGCAAAGAAAUUCUAUAGUGAGAUUGUUUGUGAGCAAAGAAUUAGAAGCAGCUACAUCCUCUACUUUAAAGGAAAAAGUUUUCAGGAUGCAUGGUAUGCAUAAUAGUGUAUUUCUAUUACUCCAUUCAGUGUCUCCGCGUAAAAUGUACUCUUGUCUUGAGCCAAUUGGAAAGGCGUUCAUGAAAAAGAAAAUACUGAAGCUGCAAGAAAUCUACCCAGGAAAUUCCGAGAUCGUCCCAAAAACUGUUUUCACAUAAUAACAGCGAUUGCCAUGUAACGCCCAAUAUUUCAAACUUCAAUCCUUCGCUCAACACUUCAGCCAACGUUAUUGCACCUUACUUAUUUGUUUUGAUUUGUUAAGUAAAUGGUAAGCAAUUUUCUCAAGAAAGUUUGUGUGGAUCCAUAAAUAUAUGCUUUUUGCACCACAAUUGUUUUUUUCAGUUCAGUACUCCGUCUACCUUUAUAAUUUUUUGAAAGAAUGGCGCAAAAAUCCCAAAUGGUCCAUGUCGUGUUGCUUGGCGAUGCUUCUUCCUCUUAACGAUUUACAAGGCGAACUCAGAGGGUUGGUGGGAAGGAACAUGAUGAAGCAGCAGCUUCAAAGUGGACGGAUCGGGAUGCCGUCCGUGACAGGAGCUGUCAAAGACAGUGGAGCUGUCGACUUCGCUCUUGAGGAAGGUGACGACGAAAGCCAAGAUAGUCAGCGUCAACAGGACAACAGGCAGAGUGCGAAUUCUUCUAGAAAUUCCGGAAGUAUUUCGAUGAACGAUCUUGGCAUUUCCGCUUUGGUGGUUCAUCCACCCCAAAACGGCAAUGAGGCUCCAUUGUAAAAAAAAUUAAAUUAAAAAAAUUCGGAAAUACGGAUUAGUACAGAAUUACUGGGUAGAUCACUGUUAUAGGUUGUGAAAUAAAAACAGUUGUUUCCGGAAAUUUCUAGAAUGCCUGGCCAUGGCAAUGUGGUUACUCGAACUUUCUGAUGUCAAACCAAGAAAUUGUCUGCAGCAUUCUAUUACGUUAUGCACUCAUGAUUUAAUCUACCAGAAUACCAUUUGUAUUACGAAAUAAUUUCAUUUGACCUACAGAUAGAAAAUCUACCGGAAUAGUUGUGUUUUAGACUUCUGAAAAGAUUUAGAACACGUUGUGGAUGUAUAUAAGUACUUAGUCGUAUGUGAGUAAUAGCUGCUGCUGUCGGCAGAGAUCGACUGUCUGGAAAGCUUUAAUGACAGUGAACUAUUGUGCAUCUCGAGGAGAUUUGAAGACAACAUUGAGUUGGUGUUAGUAGUGAACUGAUUCAGUUGUAGUCUGUACUGUGCUUAAGCAGGUUCUAAGUGGAUUAUUAUUAUAUUGCUAAAAGUAGUCACUUUUUAAUACGAAUUCUAACCUAGGACUUGUUGUCUAAUAAAGUAGUCUGCAGGAAUAUAGAAUUCUUUCGCCAGUUAAAUUAUACCGUAACAAUCUCGUUUAUCAGACUCCUUGAUGAGUCAAUUUUGAUGAUUGUUGAUGAUUAUUGGAAUAAUACAUAGUAGCGGGCCAUAGUCACAUAACAUUGUUGCUUCGUGUUUUUUCUUAUGUAGACAUUGUUUUUGUCGUUGUUCAUUUUGCUGUCAUUUAUUCGGGGAUAAUUUUUAAAUAUCGAAAGAAGGCAAGAGAUAUUCUCUUAUAUGAUAUUAAUGAUGGUAAUAACAGUAACUUAUGACAAGCUUAGUAUCGACAUGUAAAAUGGAAAAACAAAAUUCUUGCUUAAAAGGAUAAAACUCUCCCUUCUUUGACUCAAAAUAGCUUGGAAGGUACACUUCAGGUUUCAGUCGAAGAACAAAUAAUACGAUAGUAAUUUCUGCUUAAAGUCAGGUCUAAAUUAUAAUAUUCAAUUUCUUGUUAACAAAAAAAAUAAAAUAAACAACAAUAACAACAUCAACCAAAAAAUUGGACGUAUCAUGCUCGCCUUUAUUUAUUUAAGCAUAGAGCAUUAUUCAAGUUGCUGAGUAACCUCUCCCUCCUUUAGGACUGGGUACAAGAUCACGGAAGGAAAUGUGUCAGGAAAUAUCUCUUCGUUGAUUGCAGGGCUACUUGGUGAAGUCGAACCAUGAAGUUCUACGUUCACUUUGAUGGUCCUCAGGAGUUUAGCAUGGUUUUUAGAUGGAAUAAAAGCAAAAAAGAAAAGCUGAAGCUAGUGAUGGAUAUAUUUUUUGAGGCUCUCAAGGCUAACCAUGCAUCUCUCUUCGAACUAAACCUCGAAAACUUGACGCUCGUGAACACAAGGAAAUCCACACUGUCUCUAGAGCAAGACGUCACGUCGGUCGUAAAAGACGGCAUGGAUUUAUUUGUCGUUUUAAAACAACUUCCUGAGCCAAAGGAGAGACGAAGAAUUGUUAUGCACCCUCCAGUUUCUCUUGCUUCUAGUAUUUCGUCUGUUCAUCAAAAGGGACCUGGGAUGUUUGUCAAGAAUGGCGAACCUACAUGUACAAAGUCUUCGUCUGAAGUGGAGUUGAAUGAAUCGAAAAUCAGUGAAAAAACUAAGACUAGUUUCUGCUUGAAUGAUCUACGGAAAAAGAUGGGUACUUUGAGAAAUGCAGCUCGAAUCUGUGCUGAAGCACUUUCAGUGGAUGAAGAAAAUUCUUCUCCUCUGUCUUGCUUGGCUAAAAUUUACCUUGAAGCUGGCCGUCCACAGAUAGCUCUUGAGUACAUUGAGCGAGCUAUUCAUGUUAACUCCACUGACUCGUCAUUGUGCUUCAUCCAUGGAAAUUGUUUGGCUGCGGUGGGAAAACUGGAAGAGGCAUCUAAUGCUUAUGUGAAAUACAUGAGUCACUUGGAAUCUCUUGGAGCUUCUCAACAUGAAAUUCAUGAUGUUCAAGCAGCUAUUGCCAAGGUCUGUGCCAAGUCAGGGAACAUUAAAAUAGCUAUAGAUCUAUUUUCAAAUGUGCUAAAGGAAGAUUCCACUCACAUGGAGAGCUUGAAAGGAUUUGCAAUCCAUACCGCUGGUACCAGUCAGGAUGACUUACAGGAAGCGAUAGUUAUCUUGUUGUCACUACUGGUUCAAUCAGGUGGCCAACACCAGCAUGAUGUUAGAAAAGAACUUGCUAAUUUGAUGAGUUCUCCAGGGGGAAUGGGUGUGUUUGAAGAUCAGCUAAGUGAAGUCUGGUGUACAUCAGAAUCACUUAUGUUCAUAGCUGACAUUCUGCGUGAGUGGGGUGCCUUAAAGGAAACUUUGCAGCUUGUACUUCGUGCAUAUGAGCUAUCACCGCAUGAUCCAGGCAUCUGCCUUUAUCUUGUUCACACUUAUGAAAUCCUCAGCAAGCACAAUGAAGCAUUUUUAGAAGCCCGCUCUUUCUUGAUUAGAAAUGGCAACCUACAAAUUGGAAGGGUUUCUUGCUCACAUUUCAUACCAGUUCUACAGCUGAUCACAGAAGAAAUUUACCUCAACAACACCACACUGUGCAUUCCUCCAGACUUUGAGAACCAAGAAAAUAUUGGGAAAGCUCUUGAUUCUGAGUUUCAACAGCUGGGAUUGUUGUUUACUCUUGUAAAGAUACUCUUUGUAAAAGGUGCACUUAAUUCAACAAAGGCUUUCAUACCUGUUUUGGACAAACUACACAAGGAUAGAGGGUUACAUCUCACACUCCUACGUAAUGAAGCUGCAUUUUUUUCUUGCAUCAGCCUUGUGAUGGAAGUGCCAUUCUCUCCACUACCUCAAAACCCAGAUUUCAUUUACUUUGCUUCUGAUAGCCACUGUAUAUCUCCUGCCUGGAGGACCAUCAAUUACCAGGAGAAACCACAUGUCAUUCAUCCAUUGCUUGCCACUGGUGUGAAAAUUUGGCACAUUAGAAAAGGAAGCUCCUUUUACCCCAAGUUUGCUCUCUUGAAUGCAUUGAAAGAAGUGCCAAAUGAUUCAACUGUCAUUUUCAACAUUGGAGAAAUUGAUUGCAGAGAGGGUCUGCUGAGGGCUGUUGACAAAUGCAAUUAUGACUCUGUAGAAGAAGCGAUUGAGACAAUUGUCAGCAUUUAUAUUGAUUUUCUUAAAGAGCAGAAUGAACGUCGUGGUUUUGUAACUUUUGUUCAUCCUAUACUUCCUGUGCUGAAGGAGACGCGAAAUGUGGUGCUUCAGUUUAAUGAGAAACUUAAAGAAGCUGUGGAAAGUUGCAGUGGACUGCAAUGGCUAGAGCUCUUGGAUGUUUUACUUGCAAAGCAAACUUGUGAAUUCAACAGUGAGUAUCAUCUUGAUGGAACUCAUGUGCAUCCAAAGUAUGUUUCUCUUUUGGAAAAAGCCUUGAAAGACUCAUUGAAAGAUGUUUAA